AGUGCAAACGUUCAGGGCGCACACAGCUAAUCUAAUUAAAGAAUGGUCGGUGUCCAUCGCACAUGCAAACCUAUCGAUUUUUGAGCACUUCAGAAAUAAAGAAAACAUCAACCACCGGAAUGGGUGAACGCGUAGCCUCCUAACCUAUUCUGUCCAUUUUUCUUUUUGCUCUGAGUAAAAAGGUUUUGUUUUUCUCCGCUGCAGCUUUUGCUUUGGAUGGCAUGCUAUCUCAAGAAAGGAGGAGCACCUCUUCUCUCACUCAUGCAUAGUUCUGAUCUGCAAAUGAAAGAAGACACCCAAGCCCCGUUUAUAUGAGCAUUCGGGAGCUCACUAUAGAAUUUAUCGUUGUAGCUGUUUAUUUAGUGACUAGUGUUACUUGAAAAGUCAACGUAUUCGGGGGGACUGAGCAGAGAAGACGGAGAAAAACGCAGCUAGAGUCGAGAAUCUUUAGAGAGCACCUCUCGUGCAAGCUUCGACAUCUCACGGAGUCUCUCCAAAAUAACUCAGGAAAAAUGUCCUCUCAAACUAGAGUCAAGAAGGAUAAAGAGAUCAUAGGAGAAUAUGAAACGCAAGUCAAAGAAAUCCGUAACCAGUUGGUGGAGCAGUUCAAAUGCCUGGAACAGCAGUCUGAGUCUCGUAUCCAGCUGCUGCAGGACCUGCAGGAGUUCUUCCGUCGCAAGGCUGAGAUCCAGCUGGAGUACUCCCGCAGCCUGGAGAAACUGGCAGAGCGAUUCUCCAACAAGAUUCGUAGCUCCAGAGAACACCACCAGUUCAAGAAGGACCAGCACCUGCUUUCCAGUGUCAACUGUUGGUACUUGGUACUGAACCAGACCAGGAGGGAGAGCAGGGACCACGCCACCCUAAACGACAUCUACACCAACAACGUCAUCGUCCGCCUCGCCCAGAUCAGUGAGGACGUCAUUCGCCUCUUCAAAAAGAGCAAGGACAUUGGAAUUCAGAUGCAUGAGGAGCUGGUAAAAGUGACAAACGAACUCUAUACUGUGAUGAAGACCUACCAUAUGUACCACACGGAGAGCAUCAGUGCUGAAGGCAAGCUGAAGGAUGCUGAGAAGCAGGAGGAGAAGCAGUUCAUUAAGUCUGGUGACCUCAACGUCAACCUGUUGCGCCACGAGGACCGGCCCCAGAGACGCAGUUCCGUCAGAAAGAUCGAGAAGAUGAAGGAGAAGAGACAAGCAAAGUACUCUGAAAACAAGCUGAAGUGCACAAAAGCCCGCAACGACUAUUUGUUGAACCUGGCAGCAACAAACGCCGUUGUGGCGAAAUACUACAUCCACGAUGUCUCUGAUAUGAUUGAUUGCUGUGAUCUGGGCUACCAUGCCAGCCUUGCGCGUACCUUUAGGACCUACCUGUCAGCCGAGUACAACCUGGAGACUAGUCGCCACGAGGGCCUGGAUAUAAUUGAGAAUGCUGUGGACAACCUGGACUCUCGCAGUGACAAGCAUAAGAUUAUGGACAUGCACAACCAGGUGUUCUGCCCUCCCAUGAGGUUUGAGUACCUGCCCCACAUGGGGGACGAGGUGUGCCAGGUGAGUGCCCAGCAGCCUGUUCAGACUGAACUCCUGAUGCGUUACCACCAGCUGCAGUCCCGCCUGGCCACACUCAAGAUCGAGAACGAGGAGGUGAGGAAAACUCUGGACGCCACCAUGCAGACACUGCAGGAUAUGCUGACUGUAGAGGACUUUGAUGUGUCCGACGCCUUCCAGCACAGCCGCUCCACAGAGUCCAUCAAGUCUGUGGCCUCUGAGACCUACAUGAGCAAACUAAAUAUUGCCAAGAGACGGGCGAACCAGCAGGAGACGGAGGUCUUCUACUUCACUAAAUUCAAGGAGUACCUGAAUGGCAGCAACCUCAUCAUUAAACUGCAGGCAAAGCAUGACCUCUUGAAGCAGACACUGGGAGAAGGAGAACGAGCUGAAUGCGGGACUACGAGGCCCCCCACUCUCCCCCCUAAACCACAGAAAUUGCGGAAACCUAGGCCACGCUCCAUCUAUAACCAUAAGCUGUUUAACGGCAAUAUGGAGACCUUCAUCAAGGAUUCAGGUCAACCUAUUCCUCUUGUGGUUGAAAGCUGCAUUCGAUACAUCAAUCUGUACGGGCUGCAGCAGCAGGGCAUAUUCCGUGUGCCUGGCUCCCAGGUGGAGGUCAAUGAUAUUAAAAACUCCUUUGAGAGAGGAGAAGAUCCAUUGAUUGACGACCAGAAUGAGCAUGACAUCAACUCGGUGGCAGGGGUCCUCAAGCUGUACUUCAGGGGCCUGGAGAACCCUCUUUUCCCCAAGGAACGCUUCCUGGACCUCAUGUCUACAAUCAAGCUAGAAUCUGGUGCUGAGAGAGCCCAUCACAUCCAGCAGAUUAUUGUGACUCUUCCUCGUACUGUCAUCAUCGUCAUGAGAUACCUGUUUGCUUUCCUUAAUCAUCUGUCUCAAUACAGCGAUGAGAACAUGAUGGACCCCUAUAACCUGGCCAUCUGCUUUGGCCCCACCCUGAUGCCCAUACCUGACGGACAGGACCCAGUGGCCAUCCAGGCGCACGUCAAUGAGGUCAUCAAGACCAUCAUCAUCCACAACGAGGUCAUCUUCCCCAGUCACCGCGAGUUGGAUGGGCCUGUCUAUGAGAAGUGCAUGACUGGAGGAGAGGAGUACUGUGACAGUCCCCAUAGUGAGCCAGGCACCAUCGAUGAGGCUGACAAUGGGACAGAGCCACACACCAGUGAUGAUGAGGUUGAGCAGAUUGAAGCCAUAGCAAAGUUUGACUAUGUGGGGCGCAGCCCCCGGGAGCUGUCCUUUAAGAAAGGAGCGUCACUUCUGCUGUACCACCGCGCCUCAGAGGACUGGUGGGAGGGACGACACAAUGGUGUGGAUGGACUGAUCCCACACCAGUACAUCGUGGUGCAGGACCUUGAUGAUGCAUUCUCAGAUAAUCUCAGUCAGAAGGCAGACAGCGAGGCAAGCAGUGGGCCGCUGCUGGAUGACAAGGCCUCAUCCAAAAACGAUGUCCCAUCACCCUGUGAACACUCCCCUGAAUAUAACUUUGGAGGAGUCAUGGGGAGGGUAAGGCUACGUUCUGACGGGGCCACCAUUCCUCCACGCCGCAGUGGAGAGACCAACAGCCCUCCCCGGGGCUCUGACACACCUCCGCGGGCUGCAGCUUGUCCUAGCAGCCCCCACAAAGUGGCGGUGAAUAGGAACCGCAUGGAGAGUCCAGAGAAGAGGCGUCUGGCCACGUUUGGCAGUGCUGGCAGUAUUAAUUACGCCGACAGGAAGGCUUACCCUGAAGGCCACCCCCUCAGGCCUGUACCAGGGGCCACACGCCACAGCAGCCUGGGGGACCAAAAGUCACUGGAGGCUGAGGCACUGGCAGAGGACAUAGAGAAGACCAUGACCACAGCUCUGCAUGAGCUGCGUGAACUGGAGCGCCAGAACACAGCCAAGCAGGCCCCUGAUGUGGUGCUGGACACCCUGGACACCACCAUGAAGAACCCUGUGAGCUCGGAGCCCGCCAGUCCCCUUCACACCAUCAUGAUUCGCGACCCGGAUGCCGCCAUGCGCCGCAGCAGCAGCUCCACCUCCGAGAUGAUGUCCACCUUCAAGCCUGCCCUGUCGGCCCGCCUGGCCGGGGCCCAGCUGCGCCCCCCGCCCAUGAGGCCCGCCCGUCCGCCCCCGACUGGGCACCGGUCUUCCAGCUCCAGUUCCUCUGGAGUGGGAAGCCCUGCUGUCACCCCUACCGAGAAGGUCUUCCCCAGCACCGCCGCGAAUAGCUCAGCUGCCAACGCAGGCGGGGAAAAGUCCGGCACCAUGUAGCUCCUAAAGGCGACACAGUGUUGGCAUGUUGCGGUGGCUUGAGGCAGAAGAAAGGCCAGAGGAAUGGGUUGUACCUGUUGUCACUAUCUUCUUGCAGAAAAGGUGUUAAUUUUUCCUUCCCUCCUUUUUUAGUUUGAGUUUUAUUUCUUGAAUUCAAGAAGUUCACGGAGUCAGUCCGAGUUGCCGUAGUGAUAGAAGGCAGAGAGGCUAUAGGGGAUUGUAUAUCCAUGUAACACUCUGUGAAGCUCGAUUUGAAAACAGAUGUGAAAAAGAAUGAAUCACCUUAAUGUAACGACUUUCAAAGUAUGUUGCAGGACCCUCUUUGUAGAGAUACGUUGACUGCAGGACGUGAAGAAAAACGUGUAGAAUUCUGGUAUUGGUUUUCAUCUGGAACUUGUUGUACAGAUGGUGUCUUCUCCAUCCUUACAUUUGUCUGAGGCGCUUCUCUUUAUGGGCCGGAUUGGACACUCUAGACAGUGUUUAAGAGACUGAAACAAAUAUGUCCGUCAGCCUUUUGACUGUAAAUAGAGACUUACUUGAAUUUGGUAUGCCUUUGUUUGUACUGUAGUAUAGAAUGGAACAAAGUAACAACAUAGCAACAAUGUAUAUGUAUAUGAGAUGCAGAAAACUGAACCAAUAUACCAACUAAUUGUAAGAAACCUGUGGUACAAAUGUAGUUUAACUUGUACAUAUUUUAUGAUUAGUAUGUAUUUUUUGUGUUAAUCUUGUAUAGGUCAAGACACAACAGGCAAGGGGAUGUGAAUGGAAUUGUCAAACAAAAAAAAAGUCUAUCAGCCAACAAAGACAGAAUAUCCAAAGGUUUCUGCACCUUUGUGUUAUUUAUUCGCCAUUAUGCAUGACCACACACAAAAUAUAGCAUUGAAACAGCUGGGUUUAGAAAAUGUGGGUGUCAUCAUUAAACACACAUUGUAUUUAAAGUCACACUAUUGAAUGCUGAUGUUGUUUAUCCUGCCCACAGAAGUUCUGCAUGCAUUGUAAAUAAGGCAGUGAAGUCUGACUUCAGUUUUAUUUUUUCAGUCUGCUUUUGUUCCAUUGAUAGCAUUGCUGUUGUUAUAAGGAAACAUUUAAAUGUGGUGUCAUUCCAUAUAUAAAUACCUCUAAGAUAUUACUCAGACUUAAUACAGUAAUAAUGUGUGUUAUACCACAGUGAGGUUGCUGCGUCUUCUAUUGUCCUUCUAUUUGUUAGGAUUUUGUAAUAGUGUAAAAAUAUGGUUCACCAUGGCCCUCUACCUCAUUGUCCCUCAAUGUUCCAACAACUUUAGAAACCUUCUGCCCAUGUAGUAACUAGUGUGAGGUCAGUCCAUAACUAAACUGACUGAUUCUGGUUAGAAGGAUGUUGCAUGUUCUAACGUCUGGUCCUUAGCACAGUUUGGACCGAUCCUAACACCUCAUCGAGAGCUAAUUUGCUCAGCAUGAAUUUACAGGCUACCGCUGUAAGGCGUGAAUGGCAGAAUUACCUGUUCAAAACAGGUAACUGCCAAAAACUCCAAAUGGAUGCCUAAGAAUGUUUCUAAGACACACUGUACUUGAUGGCAUACUGCACACAUUGACAUCUUUAAAACAACCUCUUGCCUGUUCAAGUCUGACAUAUACUUUUAACACGUAAAAUAUGCUGGAAAAUACUGUUACAAAAUUCCUUUUGAUCUGAAAUGUGAUACCUUACAUAGACAACCCAAGUGUUGCCUGAGCAGUUAGCGGUAAAUGUUGUGAUAUACAUAAUAACAGCAGCACAGUGGUCUUGCCGUCUUUACCUCUCCUCACCUUUGCUGUAACUUCCUCACUGUCAUGUCCCAGUGUCUCAUCCCACUUCGUGUUUUCAAUCCUUGGAAGUGAGAAAAUGAAAGCACUUACUGAAAGAAGUCACUGUAGGCUUUACUGUAGCUCAUGUUUAAUAGUACCCUGAGCUGUCCCAGCCCCACCCCUGCUUCUCUGCUCAGUCAUACAGUUGUGUGGUUGGGCUGCCUUGUAUAGGGCAGGCCCCGCCCUGUCCUGCAUGUUUUGUUCUGUAACAUUCGCUGAAAAAAAUGUGACAAUUCAACAAUGACUGUUUGCGGUGCCUUUCCUCUCUGAAAGUAACAAGCAGAAGUGAUGUGUAGGCCUUUUGCAUCCUAGUAGUCCAAGGUUUCUUAAAUGUGUGAAUACCAGUUGUCACUAACAUGUAGCAGUAACAUGUGGAAGAGAAUUGUCAGCUAAGUUAGAGCAAAAAAUGUAAUAAAUAUCAAGGACAGAUUUAUCGCCACGAAUCUCAGGCUGUGAUUCCACUUUAAAUCAUAUCAUUAUUAUAACCUUUGUUAAUGUGUGCAGAUCUUGAUUUAAUACAUAGUUUUCUAUAAUAUGCAGCACAUGCUUUAAUUGGAAAAAGUUAAAAAUCCCAGUCUGUAGCUUGCUGUAUGUGUUUUGUUUACCACCAACAAUGUAGACUCAACCCUGCCUUCACCCAUCUGUUACAGUGCCCCCUGCUGGGUAGCUAGCCUACAGGCAGGUAGGUAGCAACGAUAGCCCAUCAUUUGGAGCAGAUUGUGGAAAUUGUCUGUCUUGGAUGACUAACAGAGCAAGCAGAGAUGGCAAGCAAUAGAAGUGAUACAAUUCUACCCUCUGCUGGCCAUAUUUAGUAUUGCUUCAAGUAGUAGUACCCUGUGGAUACUGGUCAUUUAUGGGUCAACUGAGAUGGUGCUCUGCCGGAGGAGUUGUAAAUGACUUCAACUGAAUCCAUUCCUUUUUACCUGUUGAACUUCAAGCCUUACAUUUUUUUUCUCUUGUCACAUUUCUAAUCAGUAUAACUGAAGUGUACAUUCAAGUUAAUUUGCCUCACAAAGAAACAAGUUGUAAGAAAAUAAAGGACAGACUUAAAAUGUUUAUUUGUACUCAAAUGAACACCUUUAUCUAACUAGUCUGUAAAAAAAAAAAAAACAUUCAUAUUUUGUUUAUUCCUUUAUCUAAAAGGAGUGUUUUAAAGUGCCUUUUGUGCACAUCAUCAGUUUUUUAAUGAACUUGUAUAUUUCCUUUUUUUAAACUAUAUACUAUGUCAGUCGUGUUUGAUAUAAAAUGUCAUCAUAUUUUUCCCUUGUGUAACACCUUCACACAUCUCAUCUAAGGAAUGUGUGAUGAAAACAAGAAUGACAUAGAUAUGUACUGUAAACAAUUAUAUAGAGGAUUUACUACAUAAUAAUACAAGAAUUAAGUGUAGCAUUUACUUGUAUGAUUGUCUAAUAUACUCUAGGUGAUUCAAUGAGGGGUAAGAGAUUUAUAAAGACUACUGUACAUUUACUCAUUAACUGUUCAGUGAAAUCAUCUCUGAUUGAUAAUUUCAUCCUUAUUUCUGUUUUAUCUGUGAUCUGCUUUUACUAUGGUUGAGCCUUUACUUUUAAUCAUAUAUUCAUCAUCAUCAUCCAAAGCUGAUGCAACAUUGAAAUGUUGUAAGCCACAGCGGGCAAAUCAACACAUCCUCGCUCUUUUACUUGCAAGGUUUAGAAGGCUUUCGGGGAUCUCUCUUUUGUCUGACAUGUAUUUGAUGUUCAAGGAACUGUUUUGAUUUCUGGAAUGUAUGCUAACAUGGGUAAAGGUUGUUGUAUAUUGGCUAAGAAAACACACUCCUUAUGAAGUGAAAUUUAGUCUGAACUGGCUGAGCACCAGUAAUGGUGUGUUGUCAUGAUUACCUCUGUCUCUCCCUCCUUCUCUUUAGCCUUAGCGGUGCAGCCAGUAACCGUUAGCAUCCGGUAUUCACAAAGCAGUAUGAAACCUGACAAGCAGAUGCUUGUGGUUACUGCCGGCUUCGCUACAUUACAUUUUUAACGCUUCUUUGUCAGUUCAUGAGUGUCUGAUGGAUUGAAUCCCUGGUGAUAUAAUGUAACCAUGCCACUGAUUGGAUAUUGAGAACCCUUAUGUCCAAAUAAAAAAGCAAAUGUUGUCCUCUGA